AUGGUGGAAAAAGAUGGAGAGAAAAAAACUCGCUCGUCCAAGUCAAAACGACCCCGUCUGCCGAAAAGCUAUCGAUUGCAGAAGAAGAUUCCGGAAUCGACUGGUAAAACCAGCAACAAACUUAAGAAAUUCAACUGCGGAAAUCUUAACUGCACGACGGAAAAACUUAGCAGUCUUUUGAUGUGUCAAAAAGGUUAUGCUUCGUUUGCAUUUUAUGCUGUUUUUACAUUAUUUAUUUUGGCAUUCAUAUAUGUUCUUUGGAAAAUUGUUAGCGCAAAUACGUCACGUUCGGGCCAAAAUCGUAGGCCCGAGACGUCGCCGAAAGUCAGCCCGACGACAACUGCACCAACGUGGUCGGAAGAAGACCAAGAGGAACUGAAAAAGUUUUCCCCCACAUCUGCAUCUUUUGUGCCAGCAAAUAGUGGAACUAGAGAGAAAAUAGACCCGACUUCGAGCCCUUUAACUUCACCUGAGCCCAGUAUUCCAUUACAAGAUGCAAACCCGACAACAAAGGAGUUACCGAGACCAACUCAGAGCCAGAUUUUUCAACUGGGAACUUAUUUACCAUCGUUACCACGUUUGUUAAGGGGUUCAGUAUUUGGAGAAGAUGCGGUUACUCCCUUGUAUGGGAGAGGCCGUCAAAAUGCUGUAAUUGGUGAAGAUUUCACACCGCUUCCUGCCACGUCUCCUUUUACAUCAAGAUGGCGGCCUUUGUCUAACUCUAAUUGGAAAGCAGAACAACAAGAGCGACAGCGGAUGUGGUCAUUCAACCAUCGACAGCAAAUGCCAUGGGCUUAUCAAAGGAGAAACCCUCUAAAAUCUCUUAUGAGAAACAGUGAAUUAUCCGGUCAGCCAGUUAAUGGCGAUAAAGGACAGUAUUCUCAAGGAAACGAAGAUUCUAUGAAAAGUAGUUUUGGAACAACUAAAAAAAUGUCAACUUUGCAAAGCGAGCGGGAUGAAGAUGAAAUGUCUACCUGGGGCCAGGAAGUUAAACACUUGCCUAUAACUAAGAAGCACGACGAUGGACAGAAAAGACAUCACAGGUCUCAUACUCGAAAGCAUCACCGCCACAACAAGCAUAGAAACAGUGAUGAAGAAUCGAGGAUUGAUCCUGAAAGUGAGCAAGGUAAUGCUCGCAACACCAUUUCUCGUUCAAAUUUUAAUGAUCAACAAGAUGAAACGCAAAACAGCUUUAUGGAGCACGGAUCAUGGAGUCAUAUUACAAGACAUCAUCGCAAACCUGAUUCAAAUCACAAAUCAAGCAAACAUUCACCAACGAAGAAUCCAUCAUUAAAACAUUUCCAUCAUAUCCUGGACUAUAAGCAUUACCUCCGAUUCCAACAAAGCCACACUCUAGACGAAGAAGUUCAUGGGAAUUGGAAAGGAAUAAGACGAAAAACAAAAGAUUGCAUCACUAUCAGAACUUUUUCUGCCAACGGCAAAGUUCGCUUAACAAGAACUCGAUACCGAGGGAGAUACUUGUACACUGUACUGGUGUGCAAAGUUGUUCAAGUAAGGAAACGUGGAGGAGGCAGCCACGCAUCUGACUCCGGGUACAGAACUGCACAACUAUGCCAUAAAUUGUACUUUGUUACAAAAGCUAUAGUAAGGUUGAGUUUAGGUAAACCUUCAAAAGGUGGACAUUUUUUGCCUGAAUUUAAAGUUGAGGCAUGUAAGCCUUCGAAAGAUGUGCAUUUUCAGGCAAAGAGCUUCCAAGGUGCCUUGUCUCACAAUGACCGUUCACAUAGGAGUGACAUCCCGAAACAUAAAUAUAAAACCAGRAAGGUGUCACUUCAUAAGAAGAGCAAAAAUGGGAAGUUGGUUCAUAAACAUAAAAGACAUAAAGGCUCAAAGCAUCAUAGAACUGUAAAGCAUAAACCCAAAGAUAUAAAACACCACACUGGACUAAAUCACUCAAAAAAUCAUAAAAAAGAAAAGCUCAGCACCAAAAAACGUGUUUCGCAAAAGCAUGGCAAAACCAGCAAGGAAACAAAAGUCAAGAGUCAGGAAGACGUCUUCUUUGGAAAGUUGUUGAAUAUAUUAACUAUUGCAAGCGGGAACAACAGAACAUCAAAUUCAAGCAACAACCCAUUGAUGACGCUAAAAGGUGCGUUGCAGGAGAUGAAGAAAGCAAAGGAAGAGAAAGCAGAACAGGUAAAGAAAAAACACAAAACUUAUGCAAAGGGAAAGAAAAAGCAUGUGGAAGAGACUACGUUGCCUGAUGUAUCGAGUCCUAAAUACAUUCAAAAACUGCUGGAAAAGAUAUUACCCUCUGUGGUUAGUAAUGUGAAGGCAGAUCUACAAGGAAGAAAAGCAGGAGACAAAGAAGAUGGUAUCAAGGAAAAGGUUAGUACAGCAACAACUGCUAUUCCCACAACAUUACCGCCAACAACGACGAAGCCCACGACAAUUACAACUGCAACAACAACAACAACGACAACGCCGACGCCGACGACUCCGACAACAGCAACGACUAAGGCGAAAACUACUUCUACAACAACAAAACCAACCACAAAGCCAACGACAAAAUCAAAAGGCUUAGAAGACGAACUCGAAGAUAUUCUUCCUCUUCUACUCAAAAGAGCUCAGCUCGCCAAGAAGACGACUCAGAAACCAACUACCAUACCAACAACACAACCGACUCUCUCGAAGUCUAAAGAGAUCAAGAAUAUGUUAGCUCGGCUUAAACUCGGUGGUAUUGACCUUGGCGACUUAGUUGACCCAAAGCCUACCAGACAAGUCAAGGCAACUGUAAAUUCUAUUCAUACAACAGUGCAGAAAAAACUGAAUGAACUGUCAGAACCGGAUGAGUUUCCUGAAUCUCAACCGCAUUCCCUACAGAAUAAUAUGAAUUUAAAUCAAAUUACAAACGGUGAGGGGCCAGUUUCAGUAUUAGGAAAUGAUCCAUUCUCUAAGAAUAUUCUAUGCUUUGGCGAUAGCCUUACUAAAGGUUACUUUAACCAUGGACGAAGUACUCAUCCUUACAGCAUUCAGCUGUCACGCUUGAUUAAUACCAAUAGCCAAGUAAAGUAUAACCUGGUUACGAGUGGUAAGAACGGAGAAAUGACUCAUGGAUCCAUGACGAAACGAUUACCGGAAGUACUUGGCAACAACUCGCAUUUUGAUUGGGUUAUCAUUUUGGCGGGAACAAAUGAUGUCGCGCAUGUAAAGAAUUUUGGCGAUGACGAUUCGUUCAUGAAUCAGCUCGUUAAUGUGUGGUCGCCGAAAAUAUUUCAAGAUAUCAUUUCAUUGCACGAGAGUGCGUACAAAUAUGGCGCUCGCACGGUUCUUCUUACCAUUCCCGAAAGCGCAUACGAGGCAUGGCCACAAUUUCGAACACUAUGGAUCAUGCGCAGAAAGAUCAACCAAGAGUUGAGAGAGUUUGCAAGUAGAUCACAAGGAAGGACAAUACUUUGUGACCUUGCAUUAAAAAUUCCAAGGCACUCUUUGUCUCCUCAGAUGCAGAAGGCUCUAUGGAGUGACCAUUUGCAUCUAACGCCGUUAGGUUAUGAUAAAAUGGCGGGGCUGAUAUAUCAGUGUAUAAAACCCUAUUUGUAAAUCGAUUAACUAUUUUA